AUAUCGAGCAUGUACUGAAGCGACUGUAACUCGUCAAUAAUAACCCGCUGGUCCACCGUGUCUGUGCGUGUCUGUGACUCGGUCCCGUCGGUGAACAUGGAGGACGAAGCUCUGCUGGUUCUGAUCUACCAGCACCUGAAGGUCAACGGCUUCAAGAAAGCGGCCAAAGUGCUGGAGAAACACGUCAAUCAGGUGGAAUCUUCGGAGCAGAACUCCAACCUGCACGAUAUCUACACAGGCUGGGUGAAACUGUGCUCUUUAGCCCAAGAUGCUAAACAAGAGACAGAAGACGUGACCGCUCUGAAGAAGAAGAGCAUUAAAGCAGAACCUGCCAUCAGCGAAGAGGAAGAGGGCGCCGACGCCAAACUCUCCAACGGCGCCGAGGAAAAUAAUGUGGAUUCAAAGCCUCCAGCUGAGCCCGUGUCGAAUGGCGUGGAGUCGUCCGGUUCAGAGGGGAAAGACGAUGAAGAGGAGGAGAACAAGGAGGAGGAGCUAACAGAACCAGAGGCGGCUCCAGGUGAAUCAUCUGUCCCGGUCACUAACGGCUCCUCUGAGUUGGAGGAAGAAGCCGAAUCCCACAAAGCUGCCGUGGAUCCGACCGGGGAUGAAGCUCCGGCCUCGGGCGCCAAUGAGCCCAAGCAGGAGUCAGAAGCCGCCGAGUCCGAGGAGACAGCUGUCAGUCAAACAGAGGCCACGCCUCCCUGCGCUGAGGAGGAGCCUGAGGAAGACGACACCGUGAAGACUUCCGGCGAGGCCGAGCCUACCAGCUCUGACCCGGCAGCUGAGGAGACCAAUGACGAGCCGGCGGAGAGCGAAGCCACGCCCCCUGCAGAACUUGACAAUGAUGCUGAAAACCCAAAAGAGGACGAGACAGUCGAGGAAGAGGAGAAAUCCGAGGACCUAACAGCCGUUGACGCCGCUGAACUUCCUGUUACUGAAGCUGCAGCAGGCGACUGCAUCGUCCUCAACAUUCAGGUCGAAGACGGUGAAGCAGCCGAGCAAGAAACAGCCCAAGAGGUAAAAACUCCCAAGAAGAAAAUGAAGAAGAGUCAAAAGGAAACGGCUGAAACCGUCAGCGAGUCUCCUCUCUCCACCAGGUCGGCCAAAAAGAAGAAGCUCAACAAAAAGAAGGAAGAGGAGGAGAAGCUGGAGGAGGUUGUGGAGGAGAAGGUUGAGGAGGUAGAGGAGGAGAAGCCAGAGGUGGUGGUAGAGGUGGUGGAGGAGAAGCCGGAGGAGGUGGUAGAGGUGGUGGAGGAGGUGGAAGUGGAGGAGGCACCUCAGGUAACUUCUGAAAAGAAGAAGGCUAAGAAGAGGAAAAUGGAGAAAGCCGAAGUGGAGGAGGAGAGCGUGGAAACUCCUGUCACCCCUUCGAAAAACAAAAAGAAAAAGAAGACUGUUAAAGCUGUGGAGGAGGAAGAGGAGGAGGGAGGAGAAGAGGUGGAGGAUCCUGUGACUCCAGCAGAAUCAACGGAGAAGAAGAAGAAGAAGAGGAAAAAGGCCAAAGGACAGAAGGAGGUGGUGCAGUCUGACGAAUCAGCAGCAGGGGGCGACAAAGACUCAGAAAAGGAACUGGAUACAACAGCGGAAGGAAACUCGUCUCUGCUCUCGUCCUCAAAGAAGAAGCAGCGGAUCAGGAAGAAGCUGAGUCUGAAGAAGAGACUGAGGCUGCACAAGCAGGAGGAGCAGCUGGAGAAGAAGAAGAAGAAGAAGAGCACACCCGGGGAGAAAGCGGUCCCAGAGGCAGCGGAGGAGACACCUCAGCCCAAAUCAGCCAAAAAGCCCAAACGUGCGGCCCCCCAGGACCAGAGCACCCCGAGGAAGAACGCCGAGCAGGAAGAGAACUCCGCCAAGGAAAACAAACCUCCAAAGAUGAAGAAGCAGAAGAAGGGAAAGGUGGUGGAGGCGGAUGAGAGCGGCGAGAUGGUCGACCUGACCGCCGAGUCCCUGGACUCGUCAAUGUGCUCGAGCGAAGGCACGAAGAAGAAGAAGAGGAAGAAGAUGGAGGCCGAUCAGGUCGAGAAAAAUCCCGUCUCUGCAAAGAAGAAGAAGAAGAACGGACUGAAGCAGAAAGUGGAGACAGAAGCUUCUCCAGAAACACCUGCUUCCACGAAAAAGAAAUCUAACAAAAAGAAGAUCAAAGCUGAUUAAAUCUGGCGACUCCUCCGAUGUGAGCGGGGGGGAAGAUGAUUGGACCUGAAAGACAAUCUGCAGAACGUCGGUGCCUUUACUCCUGAUUCUUCAGGCUGAGAUCAGAGGAGUUUCUCUCACACGCAGGAAACAUCAGUGUUUUUCAGUCAAGUUUGACUUUGUUAUUUCUCCCAAACUGUGAAAACUACACAAACUCUCAUGUAACUCAGAUCCGUAUCGAAUAGUUAACAUGUAUAAUAAUAAUAACAAUAAGGUUUAAAAUGCAACCCGACUCAAACUACCUUCGACAGAUGUUUGUAUUAUUGAAGUAACUCUGUGUAAAAGUUACUUUUUUCAAACCUAAUGCUACAGAAUUGCUUCUGGAGUUUCUCCGGAGUUUUGGUUUGUUUUGUUUGAUUUUGUUUCUUGUUACAAACGUCUCCUUCAGAUAUUCUGCUGAGAAAGUCUGGAGUCUCUCUCUCUGGACAUUCUGAGGUUCUCUGGAGGUCGGUGUUUUGUCUGAAAGCAGCUUUGAAUCUGCAUCUCUCUCUCUCUUACGAUGAGAACCUCAACCUGCUGCUCUCCUGCUGUGACGCUUGUGACAGACGAGCUUUGCGUUGGUUUUCGGGAACAAGCUGUGAAACUCUCCCGUUAGAUCGAUAAACUCCUGAGGAUUGUGAACAGUAGAUAACGUGAUAUUCAUUUUGCUGUAGUGACUUAAGUUUCAUUGUGACACUAAACUUCCGUUUUGUGUGUUUUUUUUCAGUCAACAAAAGCUGUGAGUUAUCUUUUUUUUGUAGGAAAUGGUUUGUUUACAAUGUUGUUUUCACCGUGAACUCUUAACUAUGCACCUGAUCAAAUGCUUUUCUUAGAAGUGGAAUACUUACAAGUUCAACAGAUUCUAGUUUUCUCCUCCUGAUGAACAUGUUUUAUACUGUUAGUCUUUUUCUGUUUGAGCCGGAAAGGUCAACUACCUACGUCUGACUUGUACUUAAAAAAUAAAAGUGUGUCAAACAAAGCCAA